CCGGCCUGGCGUGUUGGGCCCAGCGGUGUCCAUGGUGACUGCAGCCGCCAGCCAGCGCUGGGUCUCGAAGCGCGGGGCCGGCCGGCAUGUACGACCGGGCUCCGCGGGCGCUCACUCAGCCCGCGGCCGGCACCGAGGCGCAUGUAGGGCCCGGCUCCUACCAGCUGCAGCCCGGGAAACAGCGGAACGCAGAUGGCUAUGCUCCAUUUCUUUCUUUGACAACUCGAGACUCUGCAUUUACUAUUCCAAAUGCUGAGACUGAUGUUCCAGGACCAGGACACUAUGAUAUUUUCAAAGUGCAGAAUAAUAUAAAAGGUGGUAAGAGUCCACAGAACAAAGAAAAACGUUUCAAGGAGAUCAGUACAGACACUCCAGGACCUGGAAGCUAUAACCAACCUCCUGCGGUGGGGUUAGAGAUUAAUAACAGGAAGCAGAAAGAGCCUAAAGAACAUAGUCAACUGAGGACUGCUGGCAGUAUAAAAGUAUACCGAAAAGUGGAUGGUCCCUCUAUCCCGUCUCCGGGCCAAGCAUUUGGGUAUGAAGAAGCUGAGGAUGGUACUCUUAUUAAACAAUACCCACCUCAAAGAGAUGUGACAUUAGGCCCAGCGUACUAUCAACCUGUAAUUAAUGGUACGUAUUCUGCCGUGAAGUAUAAAGGAGUACAUUUUAGUAAUUUAACAGGAAAACGUAGUGAAUUUAAGGCUCAAGCAGGGCCUGGGCCUGGAGAGUAUGACAUAACUCAGGAAAGUGCACUGCAUUAUUGGAAUGUCAACAUCAAAAAGGAAGACAAGAAAAAAUAUGAACCCUAUGUCCCACGAUAUCAUGAAGUAAUAGUAUUACAGGAAGAAAAGAAGGGUGUUCCAGGACCUGGACAAUAUGAAAUAAAAAGUCAGUUUCAGAAGGUGGAGAAUAUAACACAGAAUGGAAAUGAAGUUCCACGUGCUCCUUUUCUUUCACAGUCCAAAAGGUUUGUACAUGUGAAAUCAAUCACCCCAGCUCCUGGUACGUAUAAUGAACCACGCUCAGCUCUUGAAUCCUUGAAUAAAACAUCAGGAAUGAAAAAGAUCCCAUUUGGUCAAACUACAGUUCGGUUCACUCAAGACUCGAGGCUAGAAAAAACACCAGGUCCAGCUUUCUAUAAUAUUCUCAACUAUAGUAUUGAAAGAGAGAAUUUCAAAAAAGCUUACUUGGAGAGUACAAAGAAAGGAGCAUUUGGAUCUUCAGCACCUCGACCUUUAUAUGUUUUUAAGAGGGGAGCUUUCUGUACUCCUGGACCAGCUGAUUAUCAGGGCAAAAGGAGCACCGAAGAAUCACAUAAACAACAUAAGCAGUUACCUGUUUUCUUGUCAUCAACAGAAAGAGCUCCAGUAGUUGCCAUGGAAAUUCCACCACCAGGCUCCUAUGAGGUUCAAAAAUCAUUUGAGAAAUCACAUAAUAAAAGCCACUAUAUGCCUCCCAGAACCACACUGGCUAAAAGAAAGCAUACCUCUUUUCUCAGUGCCACACCUAGAAAAAAUAUACACAACAUUGACAAAGAUGUACCAGCUCUUCCCCGGAGAGUGUGUGUGUGUCUGUGAAAGGGCUUGAGGGUACCCCACAGGAAGGAGUUCCCAUGUGUGCGUUUCUGGGUUCUCAAAAGGGUAUCUUUUGCAUUUGGGUGGUGACAGCAUCUACCCAUCCAAGGUCGAGAGACGCUGUAAUCUUGGGAGUUCAAUACAAGCCUGGAGUGGCCAGUAUUAAGUUUUAGAAUCCUUGCGGGCCCCACCUUCCGCACUCAACGAGCCGGGAAUCAGCCUUGACAGUUACCUUCUUCAAUCUGUCUCAAGCAUGUUCACCCCAUAAAACUCUCCAGAUUGAUAUGCUUUUUUGCUUUCCCAUUUGCUAACAACCUUCUGACUUCCCAAAAGAAAAACUGCUUGUAUUUGAUAUCUAUACCCUUUGCCCUGAGCUGUUUUUUCCUCACCAGAAAACACACUUUUGUCACGUAAGCUUCCCAUAGUAUAUGGAUGAACUGUAGACCAUUAAAAGCACAAGUUAUCUUGAAAAAUAAUGAAUGGCACAUGUUCUGUCUCCAUUCUCAGUGCAUGAAGCCCUCAGUGUUCUAAGGCUUUUUAUCAACAUUUUCUUCCUUUCUAACAGUGCUGGCAGUCUUUGUGUUUUUUUUCCCUCAGAUCCACCUCCUUUAUGAUACUUAGCAUUUUUCUUUUCAGAGUGAAUUGAAACAUUUAAUUAAUUAUUUAGAAAAUCACCUCCUUCCUUCACCUUCUUGUCAGCUCCUGGUUUUUAUCCUCUCUAACAUUCUCUCUUUCUGAUGUUUGCCCCAUGUCAUUAGAUUUAGUUUCUGACCCUCUGCCCUUUCCACUUCUAGCUUGAUAAUGCUAAUUCUUGUUAUUUACCGUAUAUACUCGUUCAUAAGCCGAAUAUUUUUGGUAAAAAUUCAUGCAUCAAAGAGCGGGGGUCGGCUUAUAAACGGGUCUACAUCAAAAUUUGAUGAUUUUAAACUCUAUGGACUCAUUGAAUUGAAUAUCUAAUACAUUGUCAUUUUGUUUACCUGGAAUGUCUGCAGGCAUGCAGCCCCUCAGCUCCCUGUGGCUGCGGUUCACUGUUCCCAGCCAAUGGGAGUGCGGGAAGUGGCACCUCUUCCCGCAGUUUCCAUUGGCUGGGAACAGCGAAUCACGGCCGCAGAGCUGAGAGGCUCCAUGUCUGCAGAUGCUCCUGGUAAACAAAAUGUCCCAACCCGCCAGCGGCUUACCCUGACAGGCCGGGAGCCAAAGUUUGCCAACCCAUUUAUUGAUGUCAAUACUGCAGCCUUUUAAAAUUGCAAAGGCUCUGUUUAGUGGACUAGAUUGGCUUGAAAGGAAUACUAAAAGAGUAGUGCUGCAGAUCUGCACAACAUUUGACCCAUGUAUUUCACAACAUGCUAUGCCUUACAAGCCAAUCAGAAAAAUACAGUAAACGAUAGUACUAUAGCACUGAUGUCAGUCCACUACGGUGUAAUUUGAUCUCUUCAUGCAUUUCUACCAAUGGACCUUAUAAGUCUCGAGACAAUAUGAAAAUAUAAUGUACAGAAUCGAUGGACUCUCUAAUAAACUUGAAAUAGCCUGUAAUCCCCACAGAUAUGCCAAUCUACAGGGCUGCUUUGAAAUAAAAAAGAACAAUAAUAAUUUGACAGUGAUAAAGCAGGUGACAUUCCUAUAUAAAUUCCUACAAAAUCUAUAACUACAAUAAAUACUAGCAUGAAAAUAGAUUAUUAUUAAAAUGAACAAUGAUAAAAUCAAAAGAAAAAGGUUUGCUUAUCACUCAGCGUUCAAACUUAAAGUUGCUGAAUAUGCAGAAGCAAACAAUAAUUGUGCCGCUGCUCAUUAAUUCUGUGUCAAUGAGAAGCAAGUAAGAGAAUGGCAAAAAAGUAAAACAGUGAAAGACAUGCCAAGAAGCAAGAAAAAAUGUCCAAUGAGGUGUGCAUCAUGUCCUGAGCUGGAGAAAGAUCUCAAUAAUUGGGUUGUUGAAUGUCAACAAAAUGGGUACAUUGUCACUAGAACUGCAAUUCAUCUGCUUGCUCUGCAAAUGUCAAAAGACGGCAAAUACACGUCAGUAAAGCCAUCAAUGUUUGUCGCUUCAGCGGGUUGGUGUACUCGCUUCAUGAACCAUCAUGGUCUCUGUCUUCAUCAGCUUCCGAGAGAUCUGGAAGAAAAAAUUGAAUCCCAUUGGCUGGGAACGGGCAAACUGCAGCCACUGGGAAUUGAGGGGCUCUGUGCCUGUGAACGCUCCAGGUAAACAAAAUGUCCAGACCCGCUAGUGGCUUACCCUAACGGGCCAGGAGCCAAAGUUUGCCAACCGCUGAAAUAUAGGGUUGGCUUAUGAAAGGGUCAUACAGUUUUUUUGCUGUUUUUACCUAUCCAUCUUGGGAGGGUCGGCUUAUAAAUGAACUCGCAUUUUUAUGUUCAUAAUACUCAAAUAUAUAAACUUUUGAUAUCUUAGUUUCCUCCUUCCUGUACAUUUACUUUGCAUUCCUUUACUAAGUAAACAUAUGGGGCCUCAUUCUCCACUGUGUUACUGUAGUUUUAUGUCAUGGUGUCUCCGUUGUCACUCCAGUGGCAUUCCAUCAGUGUAGAAAUAGUGGAAAGCAGAGGCGAAUCAGUCUCUCUUGGUUUUGUCUCAGUUAAAUGUCUCAAAACCAGAAGUGAUUCUCUUAGACAGAGAGAUCACUCUCAAACACAGUUCUGCCUCUUCUGCCAUCUCCCUCAGACCUUAUAUUAACUUCCUCUGUGCAUAACCUUCAUGUCAUGUUUGACACUGAACUCUCCUCAAACACUUUUUGUUUGGAAAUCUGCAUAUCAUUAUUUUUGUGAUACUGCCCAUGUAAAAAACUGCCUUGCCUCAACCCCCUUUGAAAUCCUCUUUUGUGCUUAAUCUUUUAAAAUUGCAACUCUUGACUCUGUAGGGCUUCCCCAAAUCCCCACUUUCCAGACUCCAGCGUGUACUGAAAGCUAAUGACUGAGUUUUUCACAUGGAUAAAGGAAGGCAACCACAUCCUCCCCAGUAUAAAAGAACUCCACCAGACAUAAUUUCAUUUUAGGAUCUUGUUCUUAAUUGCCCUCCUUUUCCAGCCUGUUUCACUGACUUUGGACCUUAUUCUUCUCUCAUUUAAACAUUUAUAAAUCCAUGUGCAUCAGUGGAGUUAUACCAGUGUAAACUUUGUGAGAUCAGAAUCAGAUCCCUUGUCUGUCUACUACCAUGUGCACUGCUUCUGCAUAUCUUGAACUGGCUUUCUUCCCUUCACUCCAUACAGCCUUGGUAUGUGGGUGCCACUGCACUGCAGCCUGUGUAGCCUAGAAUAGCUUUCCUGUCAUAGCUUUGUGUCAUCUGCAAAUCUGAUCAGUGUGCUCUUUAUUCCUACAUCCAGACGAUUAAUAAAGAUAUUAAAUAAGACCAGACCCAGAACAGAUCCCUGUCCACCUAAUUCACUCUCCAUCUCAUUAAAAAUUGCAGCUGAAAACAUUGCUUUUCAUCUUGUCCUAUACCUCUUGUAUUCUUUCUCUCUCUGCUAUUAUUGUUUAACUUUGUAAUUGCAACAUUUAAAAUAACUCUGAAAAGCUUUUUAAAUAAAGAAACUGUACUAAAGAAAAGUAUUGUAUUUGUUUAUAAUAUAAUGUUUAUUAAUAUAUUAUAGAAUCUUUUGGCUUGAAAAUUCUGUAUUGCUACAGGUAGAUAACGCUGUGUCUGUGGGUAGUUGGGUUUUACAUGCAGUUACAUAUGCUUGCUUACAUUAAUGAUGGAAUCAUUUCAAAGUCAGUGCUAGAAGUAACAUCAAAAUAUGUUUGCAUUGUUAGAUCAAGUAAGGACAUCGUUGAAAGUGCAGCUUUACUUCCCACAAUCAAACGAUUACUGCAGGGAGGUUCAAUAUUGUCUGUAGUCUGAGAAAACAAGAUGGUAUUUUUUCUGAGAAGAAUUUAAAUGUGAGAUCAAAGCUAGUGAAACAAAGAAUACAAGGAUGUAUAUAAGUGAUUUUUACUUUUUUGAUAGAAAUAACAUUGACGUUAUGGAAUAUAUUAAAAAGAAAAGUAAUAGACCGAAUUAUCAAAAUAUGCAUUUAUAAUGUAUUGAGAGUGUGCAUAAUCUUUCUGAAGGCAGAAGAAAUAGUUCACUUUCUGAAAAUUGGAAAAAGAUGUAUAUUGUAUAGGCAUUAGAGAUAGAAGAACUCUAAGAAAUUUUGAUUUUGCAAAACUAAAAAACUUUAGACAAGUUCUUAAGAUCUUGCAAUAGUUUUUCAACUUUUUGAUUUUUUUCAUAAAUAUUUAAUAUUAUGUGCCCUCUGAUAUCAUGGAUAGUUUCACGUUGGGUCUCUGCAUCUAUUGCCUUAAAUUUGCAAAGGAUAUUUAGAAUGCAAUUACAUAUUUGAUACACUUAUUGGGAUGUAAUAUGAUGCAAUUGGCUCAUUGGGAUUUGAUGACUCUAAAGCUCCAAUACAGUUACACAUGGAUACUGAAAAAUGUAUAGUACAUUAUCACUGUAAAUGUAUGUUAUUGUGGUUAUGUGAAAUACGAAAAAUCUGUGGAAUAAGGGAGAUUGCCGACUUUUAAAAGGACACUGUAGAGCAAUUCUUUAUUCUUUUUCCCUCUAAAUUUACAUGAUUCAUAGAUUUUGAAGGCCAGAAGAGACCAACUGUGACUAUCUCGUCUGCUCCCCUAUAUUAAACAGGCCCUAGGAUUUCCCUGAACUAAUUACUGCUUCAGUUCCUAUAACUGGUUGAACUCUAGAGCAUAUUUUAUAGAAAAACAUGCAAUGCUGAUUUUAAAAUUUCCAGUGAUAGAGAAUCCACCACAACCUUUGUAGAUUGUUCUGGUGGUUAAUUAUCCCUCAAAUUUUUAAAAAAUGUACUGUAUUACUAGUCUGAAUUUGUCUAGCUUCAACUUUCAGCUUUUGGAUCUUGUUAUGCCUUUGUCUGGUAGAUUAAAAAGCCCUUUAUUAUCAAAUUUCUAUUUUCUGUGUGGGUAUUUAUAAGUUGUAAUCAAAUCACUACUUAAUCUUUUCUCUUUUAUAAACUAAAUAAAUUGAGCUGUCUGCAUCUUCCACUCCAAGGCAUGUUUUCUAAUCCUUCUAUCUUUCUUGUGUCUCUUCUUUGAACCCUCCACAAUUUUUCAACAUUCUUUUUGAAUUGUGGAUACCAGAACUGGACACUGUAUUCCAUUAAUGGUCACACCAGUGUCAGAUAAGAGAGGUAGUAUAUCUUUGCUAACCCUACUUCAUAUUCCCCUCUUUUUGCAUUGAAGGGUCACAUUAGUUCUUCUAUCCACAGCAUCGAGAGCUCAUGUUCAGCUUAUUGUCCACCAUUCCCCGACCCCCAAGUCUUGCAGAAUGACUGAGUCAUACAUUCUCUACAUUCUUUGUUCUUAGAUAUGUAAUUAUACAUUUGACCCUAUUGAAAUAUGGAUUGUUUAACUGUGCUCAGCUUACUAAGCAAUCCAGAUCACUCUCUGUCAGUGACCUCUCCUCUUAAUUAUUUGCUGCUCCCACAAUGUUUCUGUCAUCUGCAAACUUUAUCAGUAAUUUUGUGUUUUCUUCUAGGUCAUUGAUAAAAGUUUUAAAUAGUGUAGUAUUGGAACUAAUCCCUUGUGAUACUGCACCAGCAACAGACCCACUUGAAUGAUGAUUCCUUCUUUACAAUUACACUUUGAGACCUGUCAGUUAGGCUGUUUUUAAUCUGUGUAUGGUGAGCCAUGUUGAUUUUAUAUCAUUUUCAUUUUUUAAUCAAAAAAUUGUGCGGUACCAAAUCAAAUGGCUUACAGAAGUGUAAGUACAGCACAAUAUCAUUAUUACCUUUAUCAACCAAAUCUGUAAGCUCUUCCCCAGACAAAAAGAAAAAAAAAUCUAGUUAGUUUUACAGGAUCUAUUUUCCAUAAACCUCUGUUGAUUGUCAUUAAGUAUUUUACAUCCCUUAAUGCUAUGUUAAUAGAGUUCUGUAUUAGCUGCUAUUGUGCCUGGGAUUGAAGUCAGACCUAUGAUUAUUUCUAUCAUCCUGUUUACCCUUUUUAAAUAUUGGCACAACAUUAACUUCCUUUCCAUCCUCUGGAACUUCCCCUGUUUUCCAAGACUUAUUGAAAAUCAACAUUAAUGGGCCAGCGAACUCAUUGACUAACUCUUUUAAAACUUAUAUAUUUUAAAAGAAGGAAAUUAACCCGACCUGCUGAUUAAGAUGUCUGACUUUGGUUGUUGCUAUGUAAUAUCCUCCUUAGUUACUGUUGGAAAGUAUUUAAACUUCAUCAUCAUACCGUGUGUAUAUAUCAUUUGGCUUUUCCCCCAAAUACAGAACAGAAAUAUUUACUGAACACUUUUGCCUCUUGUAUGUUGUCAUUGACUGUUCUAUCAUUUCCAUUUAGUAAUGGACCAAUUCAGUUGUUUGGGUUCCUUCUGUUUCUGAGACUUAAAAAAAUCCUUAUUAUUAUCCUUAACUCUGCAGGCCAUAGGUGUCUCCUUGUGUCUUUUCUAGCUUCUAGUUUUUAUUCAUUGUGUAUAUCUAGUUUAUAAUCAUGUGUAUACAUACACACACACACAUUGUGGCAAGGCACCUUCUCAGUCUCCCCAGCCUCCGCUGCUUUUAGCCGUGGUGAGACAGGCUUGGGUAAUAUGGUCCCCCUUAGGAUACAGGGGAAGUCUGUUCCUUCUCUCCACUCAUCCUUUUUAGCAUAUUUUUCUUCCUUGUGGGAGAGAAUACUGCCUCUCCUCCUGGUGAGGCUCCUUGUCUUAGUUGGAAUCAGCUGAUUCUAAUUAACCUCAGGAGCUCCCGCUUAGCUGAUUCUAAUUGAUACUUUGGUAGCCCCUUCUCAGCUGAACCUGAUUAACCCAUAGUUAUCCCUCAGUUGAUAGGGAAGAGGGCCUUUUAACCCUCUGAGACUGAUUUCUACCCCUCCCUUGCAGCUGUCUGUCCUGAGUUUAUCACAACACACA